AUGGACACUUCCGAGUCUUUCAACGAUGAAAACAAGCCACAAGGAAAAAAACGGCAGCAAAUCGAGUCACCAUUCUCGGCUGCGACUCCAAAAUCGCGUAUCGGCAAAGAGCCCAAACGACUUUUCGGAAAUGCAUUUCAUAACCUAGCAGAUUCAAAUUUGGAGGAGACUCGAAUCGAAACAGAUUCCCGUCCGAACUCUGCAGCUUCGGAGGAUAUUACUUUGGAUGCCACGGAUGCUUCAACCAUCUAUCGUGGAUCCGAAGUGGAUCCCAAUCUAGAAGAGACCGAACUUUACUCCGCUGGAACUUCAGCAAACUCUACGAAAGACUUGAGCAUGGUAGACGAAAGCGAUGAGACUAACGCAGAUAUCACUUUGGCAAGCAACUUCCAAGAGAAAGUGUUCCUUCAUGAGACACUGACAACUCCUACAGCUCCUCGUGUUCCUAGUCCAAUUGUUAUGGGAGAUGAUUCAACACCUACUGCUCCCACGGCACUUCAUUUAGGAUCUGAAAUGGGACUGGAGACAAUUGAUACUCAUUCUGUUGAAUCAAUUCAGUCGCCACUUGGAAAUGCGAAGCCUCAUAUUGAUUAUUCUCUGUACGAAUUCGAGAUCCUCGAGCAAAAAGUUGAGCAUGAAGUGACUGUCAAAGAACUUCAAGAGAAGAUCGAGAACCUCAAAGAAAUGCAUCGUAAGGAGAUGCAGGAGAUCAAUCAAUCUCGUAUUUUCGAAGAGCAACUGUUGAUGCAACAAAUGGAUGCAGCUAAUAAAAAGGCGAAAUCCGACCGUGAAGCAGCGAAGGAAAGAGAAAAGUCACUGCAACAAAUCGCUGAUGAGCUGAAAACAAAGUUGGAAGAGCCAGACGAGGAGAAGCAACAACUAGAGAAGCAACUCGCUGAACUCAGCAGCCGGAUUGAAGAGCUCACUCAGAAAGCUGUGAAUGUUGAUGCAAUGCAACAAAAUUCAGCUGAACAUCAGGACCGGGUCCACGAAUUUGAAAAUUUCAAACUCGAAAACUCGGCUCAGCUCACUAAUGCACGACAAGAAAUUGAGGAGUUACAGCGGAAAACGACUGAGAUGGAGAAGAAAGUUCAGGAAGCUAAUGAGGAGGUUGAACGUGUUCGUCAGGAGUUGUGCUCUUCCACGAAACUGGACGAUUUGAAGGCCGAACACGAAGUUGUUCGCACAAUGCUCAUGAAUGAAAUUACGCUUCUUGAAUCACAACUAUCUGAAAAUUCACAGUCAAACCUGCUAACUCAAGAGAUUGAAACUCUUCAAAAGAAGAUACAAGAACUUGAAGCGGAAGCAAUUCAAGCUGUCGAAAACAAGGAUAUUCUCCAUGCUGAUUUCUCUGCCAAACAAGAAGCAGCCGCGAUCGAAGCUCAAGAGAAGAUAGUUGAACUCAAUGAAGUUAAGGAAAAAGUUGCGGAACUGAUGGAAGAAAUUGCAAAACUCCGCGAAGAGGUAGCCAACAAUGCCCGUGUCACUGAGCUCGAACAAGAACUGGAAGAGAACAGAAAGCUCAUGAUCUCCGAAAUGGCUUCAUUGGAACAACAGUUGGAGUCUGCUCGCGAUAAUUCUGGCGUCAACAAGGAACUAGAAGGAAAGUACGAGACUGCAGAAGCUAGAAUUCAGGAAUUGGAGUCUGCAUUGGAAGUCAAUAAACAAAACUUCGACGGAAUUCAAAUAGAAUUGGAACAGAAGGCGAGCAUGGUUAUCGAGUUGACAGAUUCAAUGAAUGCUCUUCAACAAGUGCUGGCUGAAAACUCGCAGAAAGUAUCUGAACUCGAAUCUUCGAAAGCUAAAGUCGAUGAGCUCAAUAUUGCUCUCGAAGCAGCUCACAUGCAGUUAGAUGAGGUCAAGCUCAGCUCGGAGGAGACAUCGACAUUAAAGGAACAAUUGGUUGCAUCGGAAGCUAGAGUUCACGAGCUCGUCGCUUCUCUUGAUUCGCUUACAGAACAGAUGGAUGCGUUGCGCCAGAAAAAUGAGAAUUCCGACAAGGAAAUUCUCUGUCUCCAAACUGAGAUCGAAGCUGCUCGGCAAGAAUUUGAUAUCGAGGAGGAAGGAAGCUGUGCGAAGAUUAGACAUCUUGAACUGACUGUUCAAGAACAUGAAGCCGCUCGUAAAUCACUCGAAGAAGUCGUUGAAGAGUGCAAGAAAGAUCUUCAGGAGGCGAAGAACAAGUUGGAGGAGACGCAGAAAGAAUCAGUUCUUAGAGAGGAGACGAGUAGCGAGUAUCAAGACAAGUUGAAGCAAGCUGAGGAGGAGAAUCAAGGAUUGUGGGCUAACAUCAAAGCACUUGAAGAGGAGAAGGAAAAUGCAGCUCAGAAAGAACAGUCUUCACAAGUUAAGAUUCAAGAACUCGAAGCAUCUCUCGACGCUCUCCGUCAAUCUUCUAAUAUCAGCGAAGCUCUGCGUUCAGAAGUCGACGGUUCCGUCGCUAUGAUUGAGGACCUCCAAGCUCAAUUGGAAAUUGCUCAUCAAACAUCUGCAUCGGUGAACGAUUUGGAGAAACAACUUGAGACUUCAACGGUGACAAUCCAAGAGUUGCGUUCAUCAGAAGAGUCUCUUCGGGUUCAACUUGAAGCCGCAACGAAGUUGAUUGAUGAGUUCAGAGGAGAGAAGGAAACUGUGGAAGCCCAACAUGUCGCUGCUCGCGAAUCUCUUAGUUCAGAACUUAACAUUAUUUCUCAAAAGAAAGAAGAGCUUGACCAGAAUAAGCUGACUUUGGAAACUCGAAUCCAAGAGUUAGAGUCUUCCUUGGCAUCUCUGGAACAAGAUUUGUCGAAUCAAAAAGACGAAAAGGAUCGAAUUAACGCAGAACUCGAAUCAACUCGUCAUAAAGUAGAACGACGCGAAGCAGCAAUUCAUGAGCUUCGUGAGCAACAUGAAUGCAAAGUAUCCGAGUUAAAUGUUAAAAUCAAUGAGUCGCAACAAAAGGCCACUGAUACUCUCGAUCUUCAAUCGAAAAUUGUUGAACUGACCGGAGAACUCGAAAACGUUCGCACUGAACUCACUGGAGCUGAAAUUAUCAAUCAGGAGACUAUUCAGGAGCUCAGGGCGGAAGUGGAGAGUUCACAUAGAAUGAUUUCACAGCAGAAAGAGCAACUUGCUAAAAUGGAAAAACAAGAAGCUGAUUUUAUUGCUCAAGUCAAGCUCAAUCAAGAACAACUCGAGCAACUUCAGUCAACGAUCCAAGAAUUCGAAGCAUCGUUCAAUCUUUUUAAAGGAGCCGAAGAGAACACAAAACAAACUAUUCAACAGCUGACUUCCGAAGUUGAGAACUCCCAAAAGACGAUUUCAGAACAGAAGGAGCAACUCGAUGAGGCGGUGGCAAGAGUCGAGAAGUAUGAGACUGAGCUAUCCAUCCAAUCCGCGCAACAUCAAGAACAACUGGAAAAACUGCAAUCGACAAUUCAAGAAAUUGAAGCCUCGAACAGUCUGACUAGAGGAGCUGAGGAGAGUAAUCAACAAAUGAUCGAAAAGCUCAAGGAGGAAGUUGAAAGUUAUCAGAAGACAAUUUUAGACCAAAAGGUGCAAAUAGAAGAGUCUAUUGCUAGAAUUGAGAAGCAGGAGGCCGAGCUCACGAACCAAGCUGAGCAGUAUCAAGAUCAGAUUUCCCACCUUCAAUCUACUAUUCAAGCAUUCGAUGACUCGAAACACUCUGCCGAGUUGAAAUCUCAGGAGCUUAUUUCUCGUAUCGACGAGUUAGAGGCAUCUGUCAUUGUUGCACAGAAGGCAGCUGAAGAGAUGAAGACUGAAAAAGAUAAUCUACUCGAACAGGCUCGUGAACAGUUAGAACAGAUGAAACAAAAUGUGGAGAGCGAGAAAUCUGUACUCCAACAAGAUCUUCAACAAAGCAACGAGAAACUUGAAGCAGCCGAGCAAGCGCUUUCCUCCAAAGAAAACACUGUCGUCACUCUUGAGUCUCGUAUCGAAACUAUGUCUCGUCAGUUCGAGGAACGGCUCAAUGAGGCCAACGAGUGGAAAGCACAAGCAAUGAAUAUAGGAACGAUGACUGCAUCAUUGACUCAAAUGCAACAACAGAUGAAGGAGAUGGCUGAGAAGUUGGAAGAGUCGAAGCGACGCGUUGAAGAAGUUGAGGAGAAUGCUCACCACGAUAUCACUAUCAUUCAAGACGAGAAGAAUGAGCAGAGCGCCGCCCUUGAAGAAGCCAAAAGUCAGAUUGCUGCUCUUGAUGCUAAAUUGAAGAAAGCUGAAAAGGAAAUAGAGAGACUGGAGAAGGUCUGCGAUGAGUUUGACGAUGAAGAAAGUGGAUAUAAGGAGCAGAUUUCGAAGUUGGAAGCUGAAAUCAAGCAGUUGAAAGGUGUCAAGUCACCACCGAAAGUUUUGGGACUCAUUCAACAGGCUAGACUCAAUGUGAAACCACUGAGCCGUGAAAGCUCACACAUGGAGCCACCAAUCAGUGAAGAUGGAUUCGAGGAUGCCCAAGACUCCUUCCAACCAAACUCCUCCCAGGCUCAUCAGAAGUCGUUCAAUCAAACCGCUCGACAGGAUAAGACGAUGAACGUCGCCUCCGCAACAAUGCUUCAUCCAGACGACCAUGCUCAUGAGAAGUCUGCGAUCGAAACUCCGUCAAAAAAGAAUCGAUCGAAUUGUCAGCAGCAAUAA